CACAAUUCAUAAUUGGAGAGGAGAAAUCCGCCAUUUGCAAUCGUUCGCUGCGUUCGUUUGCGUUUCGUUUCUCUUGAUGCGAUCUUUCUUGUUAGCUUUUCUUCAUAUCACGCGUAGUGUCAUCAAAUUGCAUUAGGAGCACAAUGGCAUAUAAUCGUGGAGUGAAAAGAGAUUCCUUUGGUAAUCGAGGAACUUUCAAUCGGGGUGUUAGCGGAGGCAGUGGUAACAGAGUUGGCAAUAACAGUGGCAUGGGAAGUAACAUGGGCGGAGGAAUAAGUGGGAGUGGCGGUAUGGGUGGAAUGAAUCCCUGGGAAGGUGGCAUGAUGCCUGGCAGAGGCAUUCUGCCUACACCCAACAACAAUCUCUCCUUGGCAUCGCCGCAGGCACAAUUAGCAAUCGCCAGCAAUCUCCUUACAAAUUUACUCCGUAGUCAGCAAGAGGCACAGCCACAGCAGGUACCGUCUCUUAUGAGCCUGGGAAAUAAUUAUUCUGGACCAGGACCAAAUUAUCCCAAUCAGCAGAAUUAUUCCUCCGGACGGUUCGGAUCUAACGAUCGACCGGCACGGCAUCCCAUGAAGAAUCAACGUCCUCAGCCAUACAGCAAGAUGGGCAAUCGAGCCCGAGAUGGUCCCGCUGGGCGACGUGGCCCAUCCGCACAACAAUCUCGUGCACCCCAGUCUGGCAGUCAACGUAUGAACGGAAACCAAAUACAACAUCGCAACGAUAAAUCUUCUAAACCAAUUCCUGCCUCUAAACAAAAUCAGACUGCCAAAAAGGAACAGCAGGAUGUUAAGACCUCUGAUAGCGAAAAAGCAGAACAGCCUGUUCCGAAAAGCAGUGAUGCAGAUGAGUCUGAAGAUAAGAAGCGCGAUUGGAAGGACGAGAAAAACACGGCAGAAGAAGUGAAAGUUGAAAAAAUGGAAGAUGAAAAGAUGGACGAUAGCGAGAAAAAGGUGGAAAAGUUCGCUGAAGAUUCUUCGAAAGAAGCAAAGGAUACGUCUGAGAAAACUGAAAAAGAGAACAUGAAAACGACUAGCAAGAAAUCGGAAGUUAGACACGCUGAAAGUCGUUACUCCGAUGUUCCGAUGAACCAUAUGUUUUGUCAUAUUUGCAAUAAACAUAUGUGGGACGGAUUUUCCUUCGAAAAUCAUCUACGCGGACGUGCGCAUCAACUGAUGAUGGAAAAGUUGGAUGAAUCGUACAAAUUGAAAGUCGAUUUGAUGAGACACGAGCUACGAGUUGCCGAGGAGCAGCGCGAGCUUAGCUUGAACAACUCGAAACGACGCGGUAAAAAAGUCUCUGUAGAUUUCAAUGUGAGAGAAUAUUGUACGAUGUGCGAUCUGAACUUUUACGGAACCUUAUCUACACAUAGGAAGAGCGAAAAGCAUCAACAAUUGAAAACAUUCUUGCAUCCUCGAUGCUUUCCUUGUUUAAAAGAAUUUCCGUCUCGCAUAGAAUAUGAUGAGCACUGUUUAACACCGGCUCAUAUGAAGAAUGCCGUUCAAUGCGAGGAACAACGGAAAAAUAAAAAGAAAGAAAAACUGGCAAAGGGAGAGGCCGAGGUUCGUACCGCAGAAGACGAGGAGAAAGAUUUGUGUCAUGAUUCAAAGAACGAAAAAGAAGAGGAUUCAGGAGAACAAGAAUACAUCACGGAUAUCAUAGAAAAUUUAACUGAGAAGAAACUCAAGAUACCGUCUUACAAAUAUUGCCGUCAAAAUCAUAUCUUUAUUGGUAAAUCUAUGGUCAAGGAGGUCCAAGGAUUUUAUUGCGAGCGUUGCCGAAGAUUUAUGCUCUUGGCUGAAGAUAUGAACGCUCAUCUACGCAGCAUCACACACUAUCGGAACUUUGUGGCAGAAGUAAAAUCAUCAACAUUGAACGUGCCAGCUACAGAGUCGAAAGAAACUGAACAAACUGACAAUGAGAAAAAUGUUGAAGUUAAGGAGGAAUGUGAUGUACAUUGGAAACGUCGCAAGAUUAGUCAUGAUGAAAAUGAUGAUAAUGACAAGCCGAAGGAGCAGCAAGAGAAUAGUGCUGAUAAUGUAAACGUAACACCGAAGAGAUCGGACGGAGAGGAGAAGUAUGAUCCAUUGGAAGCUGAUGCUGCCGAAUCGGAGGAGGAGGAAAAUCGCGAAGCGGAGGAGGAUAUGAAAGAGACCGUUGUGGAAAACGCUACCAAUACACAGGAUGUAAAACCUUCAGUUGAUGAAGUGUGGGCAGAUAUGGAUAAUGACAAUGAUGUUGAAAUGGGUAACCUAAUCGAUGAGGCGGAUGAAAAAGAACAUGCCGAAUCUGAAAAAUCUGUACCGAAGAUAGAACGAAAUCAUAGUCCUCAAAUGAAACAACCUAGAGGUCGCGGAUUCGUACGCGGUCGCGGUGGUCCGCGUGCCAGGAGAUCCCGGCGAUAAGAUAACGCCGCGAUUUAUGGAUUUUAUUGCGUGAAAUAUGAAAGUAAACGUGA